GGUAACGACUAGAUAGUGGGAAUAAUUUUGCGGCAACAGCUGCGGUACAUUUGGUUAAGAAAAGAAGUUGAUUUCUUUUCACUGUGAGCAUUUGAAGGUGACAUCUAUAUAUUCCAUGAUUCCUUUUUGAUAACAUCUUUAUUUAGUUAGUGGUAAGAUUCCUAUAUCUUACAUAACAUUGUGAUCUACGGAUUCCUAUAUUCCAUGAUUCCUUUUUUAUAACAUCUUUAUUUAGUUAGUGGUGAGAUUCCUAUAUUGUGAUCUACGAAAGAUGCAAUCUUGGACGGAAGACUAAUGGAUCUCCUGCAUGCCGAUGCAGGAGAUCCAUUAUUAUAUUGUAAUGAUCGAUAUGCAGGAGAUCCAUUAUUAUAUUGUACUGAUAAUCGAUCUUACGAUGACUCCUACUACUUGACUUACGACCAUAUUGAGGAUUAUGCAGCUAAGAAUUGGUGCACAGACGAAGAUGAUAAACAAAGCAGUGAGUGGGAGAGAUGGCUCGGAGCCGAAGAUUAUCAGUGGGUUGGCUAUGGUGCUUUGGAAGACGAUGUUGAUGCUAGCUGGCCUCUUGUUUGGGAUUGGAAUGUGGAUUGCGGGAAUCAGCCUCUUGGCCGAGAUUGGUAUGGAUUGGUAUGGAUUGGUAUGCUUGGGUUUACUUCAGCCUUUUUGGCCGAGAUUGGUAAGGGUUUUGGCUAUGAUGAAGCUUUUCUGAGCCAGAUUUUACCCUGCUCUGAUGCCAUGUACAAAAAGAUAGGAAGGGAAAUUGUGUUUUAUUUACUUGCUUGAUGAAUACACGAUUGAU